UCACACUGUUUCCAUAUCUGUUAACACGCGCACGUUGCUUUAAAAAAUUUAUACAAAUUAAAAUGAAUAUUCCAGACAAACCUAAGCAGGUGGCCAAUGAUAAGCUGCGCGAAAUGCAGUGCAAGUUCAAUCCGCUCUCGCGCUGCGACGGUUCCGUCAUGUAUUGCCAGGGAGCAACAGUUGUUAUAUCCGCGGUGCUGGGUCCCAUCGAGGUGAAGACACAGAAUCUGAGCAUAGACGGAAGCUAUCUGGAGUGCAACUAUCGGCCGAAGGCAGGUCUGCCGCAGGUCAAGGAGCGGAUACGAGAAGCCGCCGUACGAGACGUGCUGGAACUGGCGCUGCUGUCCGAGGCUUAUCCGCGCUCGAAGAUGUCUCUGCAGAUACAGGAGCUGGAGGAUAGAGGCAGUAUCGAUGCUUGUGCCCUGAACUCAGCUUGUCUGGCGAUGCUUAUCGGUGGCCUGCCCCUGAAAUGCAGUUUUGCGGCUGUGCACUGCCUUAUCAAUGAUAAGGGCGAGUAUGUGCUGGACCCGGAUCAAAGAGAGACGGAGCAUCAGCGCGCCAGCUUCACAUUCGCCUUCGACUCGCUGGAGGGAAAUCUGCUGCUGGUGCAAACAAAAGGAUCCUUUAAAAUAGCAGAAUUCAAUGACGUGGAAAGUCUCUGCCGAUCGGCCAGUGCGGAGAUCUUUCAGUUCUAUCGCAUCAACAUAGCGAAUUACCAUUACAGAAGGGCUGAUGCCAGCGAAGAGGAUAUGGAAACGUAAUUGUAGGCGAUUUAAAAUUAAGUUCGAUUAAAGCUCACUUUAUUAUGUAA